AUGGCUUCCGAAAAGUUUGCGAACCCGCCGCAGCGGCCCCCAAUGUUUAGCUUUACUCCCGAGGAGAUCGGUGCCACGAUUGACAAGAUUGUUGCAACGAAGAGAGCUGCCAUUGACAAUGUGGUCGCAGCUACAACCCCCGAGACGGCCACCUUUCAAAACACCCUGCAGCCCAUACUCGUAAAUGAUGACGAGACUGUUGGCGAGAACUUUAGAGUCUGUUUCCUGCAAAAUGUUCACCCCGACGCUGCUGUCCGCGAGGCUUCCCUGAAGGCGGACGGCAAGAUACGAGAGGUCGAGAUCGACCUGCGAAUGCGCGAUGAUAUCUUUCAGCGCGUCAAAACUAUCUACAACAAUAGGGCCUCGGCUAACCUCGACACCGAAUUUGCCACCAUAUUGGAAAAAGAGUACAUCCAGUAUGUCACCAAGGGACUCCUUCUCCCUCCUGGCCCCGAGCGUGACCACUUCAAAGAGCAGCAGCUCGAGCUAAGUCGUCUGUGCCUCGAGUCUCAGAACAAUCAUAACAACGAGAUGGGCGGCGUCUGGUUCACCCCGGAGCAGCUUGAGGGCAUUCCUAAGACGGAUAUUGACGUGGAUGAGCUUGAAAAGGGGACCGGGGAGAAUGAAGGCAAGGUCAAAGCUGACUUUAAAUAUACGACCUCCACUCCCCUCUUCAAAUAUGCCAAGAAUGAGACUACUCGUCGCGACUAUUUCAUCGCCGAGGCCAACAAGGUGAACCAAAACGUCCCAAUCUUUCAGAAAAUCAUCGAAUUGCGCGACGAAACUGCCAGACAAGCUGGGUAUAAAGAUCACGCAGAUAUCACGAUUUCUGCCAAGAUGGCUAAGGACUCUGAGAAGGUCAAGGCUUUUCUGGCCGAUAUUCGAACUCGCGUUGGCGAUGGAGGCAAGAAAGAACUUGAUGUUCUCCGCGAGCUAAAGAAACAAGAUUAUGCUGAGCGUGGCCUCGAAUUUGAUGGCGAAAUUUACGCUUGGGACACCAGCUACUACUCACGAAUUCUCAAGGAAAAGGAGUAUAGCCUUGAUGAGAACGAGGUGGCUGAGUACUUCCCUAUGUGGAAGACUUUUGCUGGCAUGCUUGAGAUUUUCGAAAAGAUUCUUGGCCUGCAUUUUGUUGAGCUGGAUGAAGCUGCCAAGGCCCGCCUUAGCCCUACCGGAAACGCAAAGGACAUUGUCUGGCACGACGAAGUGGUAGUUAUCAGCGUCUGGAACGACGACGCCUCUGGUGGCGAAUUUGUCGGCUACCUGCUGCUUGACCUUCACCCGCGUCCCAACAAGUACGGCCACAACGCCAACUUCAGCCUCGGUCCCGGUUAUGUCAAGGCAGACGGGACAAGAAAUUAUCCCUGCACUGCUCUCGUUUGCAACUUUAGCCGCCCGUCCCAGGGUCGCCCGGCGCUGCUCAAGCACAGCGAAGCCGUUACCCUCUUCCAUGAGCUGGGUCAUGGCAUUCACGAUCUCGUCGGUAAAACUAAGACCUCAUACUGCCAUGGCACAGCCGUCAUGUGGGACUUUGUCGAGGCGCCUUCUCAAAUGCUGGAGAAUUGGUGCUGGACGCCAGACGUUCUGCAGGGACUCUCAUCUCACUGGAAGUCUGGAGAGAAGAUCUCCAAGGACCUGGUCGACAAGUUGGUAAAGACGAAACAUCUCAACGAAGCGAUGGGAACUCUCUUCCAGAUCCUUAUCGGGACCUUCGACUUGACAGUUCACAGCCCAGACUCGCAUGAGGCGGUGAAGCAGCUGAAUUGCGCCCGCUUGUGGAACCAACUGCGCGCCGAAAUUUCCGGUGUCAAGGGACCUGAAGAAGUCGGUUACGGAAUGGAGUGGGGCCAGAAGCAUGCCACUAUCGGCCACUUUGUCGGUGGCUACGAUGCUGGAUACUAUGGCUACCUCUACUCCAAAGUUUUUUCGACCGACAUGUUUUACACUGCCUUUAAAGAGAACCCCAUGGAUGGCGAGGCCGGUCGCCGAUAUCGCAAGCUUGUGCUGGAGCGCGGUGGUAGCAUGGAUGAGAACGUGAUGCUUCGUGAAUUCCUCGGCCGAGAGCCGAAUCCGGAGAACUUUUACAAAGACCUUGGUCUACCGUGA